AUGUCGUCCACCUCUAUGGCAAAGAAGAACAAGGUGAAGAAAGCGGCCGAUCCAAACGAGACGUCCAAGCUUUUAGCCGCCAAGAUCUCCCAGCUGGAGCAAGAUGCCGCCGGCGAGAAAGACCAAGAGGCGGAAAUUGAGCGCGAGGUCAAGAAAGCAACCCGUGAUCUCAACCAGCUUUUGAGCAAUAUCGAAUCCCCUAUGACCAAACUCGAAACCGUCCAUAAGAAGUACACCGAGCUGUUGGCGGAUAUGAAGAAGUUGGAUCGUGAUUAUUCUAAGAGCAAGAAGCGCGCCGAUCAGUUGCAAAAGGACCAGGAUAAGGGCAAGUCUGAUCUCAACAAGACCGUUACAAUGAAGGACAAGCUAGAGAAGCUGUGUCGAGAACUUACCAAGGAGAACAAAAAGGUCAAGGAUGAGAAUAAGAAGCUGGAGGACACUGAGAAGAAAGCGCGCUUGAUUGUGAACGAACGUCUCGACUCGCUCCUUUACGACAUUCAAGACGUCAUGGCUGCCAAAGGGAACCCUCGUAGCGAAAAGGUGGAUGUCGAUUUGGAUGAAGCACUCCGCGCCAAGCUUAAGACCAUUAGCGAGCAGUUUGACACACGCGACUUGCAUUACAGGGGCCUCCUACGUGGCAAGGACUCCGAGAUUCAAAGUCUCGCUUCCAAAUUUGAGGAGCAGCGCCGCGCUGGUGAAGUUGAAGCCAACCGAAGCCGAGCUUUGACCUCUCAGGUUUCCACUUUCUCCCAUACCGAGGCUGAACUGCGCAGCCAACUCAACAUCUAUGUGGAAAAAUUCAAACAGGUCGAGGACACUUUGAACAACAGCAACGAUCUUUUCCUUACCUUCCGCAAGGAGAUGGAAGAAAUGUCCAAGAAAACCAAGCGCCUAGAGAAGGAGAAUCAUACUCUCAAUCGGAAGCACGAGCAAACUAAUCGCAAUAUUCUGGAAAUGGCAGAGGAACGGACCAGAAAUCAUGAAGAACUUGAACGGUGGCGACGGAAGUGCCACCACCUAGAAGCCCUUUGUCGGCGUAUGCAAGCCCAGGGUCGAGGCGAAGGACUUGCUCUAGCGGAAGGCGAUGAUCAUUUAGAGGGCGAUGAUGAAGGCACUGAAAGCGAGUACGACGAUGACUACGAAGAUGACGAGGAGGAUAUCAGUGAUGAGGAAGAUCUCGAGCCACCCCCAACCCGGGUCGAACAACCCUCGGAGAAGCCUGUCUUCGGUCCCACCCCGCCCCCGAAUCUUUUGCAAGCUCGAGCGAAUGGCAACACUGCGGGAGUCAAUGGCUUGGUUUUCUAA